CAACAAUUUCCAAAAAAACCUACUUAAACACAUUUUUAUCCUGACCAGAAUGCAUUCGAAGGAUACCUUAAAUCGAUUAUUUUCAAAAUAACUUACCGUGCCCGUAGAAUGCUUCAUAUCUGGAGGCGCGGCAGGUUCAAAGGUGACAGAUUUUCUAUGAAUUUCUGAUUACGUUGGGGCACAAAUAUAGGACAUGCCAUUGCUGCCGAUGGACUAUAAAAGGGAUGCGCGGGAUUCGAUAGAAACUUUUCGUUCGAGAGUGUGAACCAGUGCGGGAGCGAAAAAGCAUGCGGACCACGCUGCUGGUUAGUGUCUUGUUGUUUGUGUGGCUGGAACUUCUGCUAGCUUGGCAGGAAAAUGCUGCCGGUGUUGAUAGGAUUCAUGAAGCCUUAGUAGCUUAUAAAAGACCUUCGGUGGAGCAGUACAGACACAAAUAUUUUGAACUUUCUAGUGAACAAUAUAUUUUCGGUGGAUUCGAAACGGAAAAUGAAACUCGGUACGAGAGAAAUAAACGCUUCAGUGAUCCGACCUUUCGAGGAAAUCCUAAAACUCGGGAGCAGGUUUGGGCUAAGAAUUUUGCCCAUGUUACCGUCAGUGAUAUCCAAGCGAAAUCUUUGGUGAAACUUCUGAUUCGGGUAGUGACCAAGUACCUGUCAGCUUGCAUUCCGAUAAUUCUUUUUGAUGGAUUCGUGGAAAAAACGGAAAGCUACAUCAUGGAAUCGCUGUUCAGUGAUUUUCCUUUGACCUAUACCUGUGGUAAAAUAGGACCGAAUUACACCUUGGAGAAUCCGCAAAUGCUGCAGGCGUCAACAUCGAAAUGCCGUAGAUAUAUUCUUUUUCUAUCGGAUGCCAUGAUGACUAGGCAAGUGAUUGGACCUCAGCUAACAAACUACGUUAUUGUGAUUCCCCGCUCCAGCCAGUGGAAGUUGCAGGAUUUUCUUUCUUCGAAACAAUCGCGGGAUAUACUAAAUCUGUUGGUUAUUGGGGAAUCUUACUCUACCUUUAAGAGCACCAACCAGGAGUCUCCUUAUGUGCUAUACACGCACGAGCUUUAUAUUGACGGGUUGGGUUCGAAUCGACCUACAGUGCUAACAACCUGGAUGAAUGGGAAAUUUUCCCGACCAAAUGUGGAACUGUUUCCGAAAAAGAUUCGGAAAGGAUUUUCCGGCCAUCGUUUCACGGUUUCUGCCGCCCAUCAGCCUCCAUUCGUGUUCAAAAUUUUGUCAACCGAUGGCGUUGGUAAUAUCGCCAUUCGUUGGGAAGGUUUGGAGAUGCGUGUGCUGCGCACUUUGGGAAAUUAUCUGAAUUUUACCUACGACGUUAAGGAACCAUCAAAACUCAGCCUCGGAUCGGGGGAUGCAGUAACGGACGAAAUUACACGUCGUCAGGCAGAUAUCGGGGCUGCUGGUACGUAUGUAACAAGUGAGCGAAACUUCGAAACCGAGAUGAGUGUAUCACAUUCAAUGGAUUGUUCUGCCUUCGUAACACUAAUGUCUUCGUCUCUGCCAAGAUAUCGUGCCAUUCUGGGACCGUUUCAGUGGCCAGUAUGGUUGGCGCUGACGCUUAUCUAUUUGCUAGCUAUUUUUCCGCUGGCCUUUUCCGAUAAAUUAAGUCUCAGACAUCUGAUAGGUAAUUGGAGUGAAAUCGAAAACAUGUUUUGGUACGUCUUUGGCACCUUCACUAACAGUUUGUCCUUCACGGGUGAGAAUUCUUGGAGUAAUACCAAAAAGACGUCAACCAGGUUACUGAUUGGUGCAUACUGGGUAUUCACGAUCAUCAUAACUUCCUGCUACACGGGAUCGAUCAUUGCUUUCGUUACGAUGCCGAUACAACCGGAUACGGUCGAUAGCGUCAGUCAGCUACGGGCUGGAUUUUAUCGUAUUGGCACGCUGGAUCGGGGCGGUUGGGAACGUUGGUUUCUCAACUCCAGCGAUAAGACAACGGAAAAAUUGCUGAGAAAGUUGGAGUUCGUGUCCAGUUUAAAAGAAGGGAUCCGCAAUGUGACGGAUGCGUUUUUUAUAUCCUAUGCGUUUAUUGGCUCGAAGGCGGAGCUCGAAUAUCUCGUACAGUCUAACUUCUCUGAUGAAUCCGUCAGUAGACGCUACACGUUACACGUCAGCAAGGAAUGCUUCUCCCUGUUUGGGGUGUCGUUCGUGUUUCCGCCGAACUCGGUCUACAGGGACAAGUUCAACAAUGCGAUCCUGUACAUGCAGGAAGCGGGAAUACUGGCCAAACUGCGUAAGGACAUUUCCUGGGACAUGCAAAAGACCAAGGACGGUCGGUUUCGGCAGGCAUCUGUAGGGCAGAUUCUACGCGUUUCCACGGCUGGCGAAAAAGGACUGACCUUGGCCGAUACGGAAGGUAUGUUUCUGUUGAUGGGUGUUGGUUAUUUGAUCGGAGUUGGGGUGUUGAUCUCCGAGUGGGUCGGAGGAUGCACCAAUAAGUGUCGGGAGAUAAUCCAAGCGCGAAUGGAUCGUCGUGGAAGCUUGGGCAGCUCGAUACCGGAUUCCAACUUAUCGUCAGCCAAUCCAAAUUCAACGCGGCGUCGGCUGAGACCUCCUGGUAAAGAGUACAAUUUGGUGGAAAACAUUGAUAGUGUUUCUACCAAUCCGGCUGUCACUCCACAGGUGGCCGAAGACAGUGGAAGUGUAAACUCGCUUAACAGCCAGCCAUCGCAUCACAAACGGACCUUAUCGGGAAGCGUACAUGACUUCAGCAGGGGUACAUUGCAGGAGCUGUACGAUGGACCAGAUCGGAGACAUUCGACCAUAGUUUACAUGGACGGAAAGAUGAUGACCGACGAGGAAGCACGUCGUUACGCGGCUGGCAGUAAGAAGCACCUCAAACCGCACUCUAGCCUGAGCUCGGUAGUGGAGCAUGAAGUAACCAGGUUGUUUAAGUACUUGGACGACCUUAACUCUACGCACGAUUCUGGCGAGCACUUGGAGAAACAUUCGAAACGUCAGUCGGUUGAAGUUGUUGCCGAGGUUAAUCAGCAAGCGGAGGAGGAGAGCGAAGAUACGAAGGCAGUGGUCGGAGAUGAACAGUUUGGCGAUACAGUUUUCUAUUAAGGUAUUACGAAUGGACCAAUUUCAACUAUUUUCAAAGUGCAUCUAUUUUUUGUCGUAUUUUCACUGAUAAUAUCGCAUGUAUCUGUCACAAAUAACGUCUUUCGAGACAAGCCUAUCUUUCUAAUUUAAAGAAAUCAUUCGUGUCACAUUUAAAAAACAAAACGGUUUUUCUAUUAUAGUAUUUGUGUCGCGAUUUGUAAUUGUAUUGUAGGAUUGUUUCUUCAAUGAAUCUAAAAAAUAAUGAUUAAUAUUCUUAGACAGUUCGAAAAUUUAUGUUUUCUUGAUCAUAACGGUGAUUACUAAGAUAAUCUUUUCAUGAGAUAUUGAACUAAUCUCGCAUAUGAAAAAAAUGGUACAUUUUCAGACUAGUCCAUUGGUGAUGAUUCAAGAGAAGAAAAAAAAAAACAAUCUCAUUAGUUUUUAUUAAAAAUUGUCAUGUUUAUUCAAUCACUUCCGAUACACU